AUGCUCUUCUCACUUCCUCUUCUCGUCGCACCGGCCCUGGUCGCCGCCCACGGUGCCGUGACAAGUUACGAAAUUGGCGGAAAGACGUACGAGGGUUACCAAGGAUUUUCUCCCGUCGCGGGAGCUCAGAUCAUCCAAAGACAAUGGCCCGACUACAACCCGAUCAUGACUGUCACCGACCCCAAGAUGACUUGCAACGGUGGUACCUCCGCGCCCCUCGCCGCCGAAGUCCCAGCCGGUGAGAACGUGACUGCGGUUUGGAAGCAGUGGACCCACGAGCAGGGCCCCGUGAUGGUAUGGCUCUACAGCUGCGACGGCGAGUUCACCGCCUGCGACGGCAAGAGCAAGAAGUGGUUCAAGAUUGACGAGUUGGGCCUAUGGGGCAACGUCUUGAACAGCGCCAAUUGGGGAACUGCGGUCGUUUUCAAGGACCUCAAGUACUCUAGCCGAAUUCCCAAGACCCUCAAGCCCGGCAACUACCUCAUCCGCCACGAGCUGCUCGCUCUCCACCAAGCCAACACUCCUCAGUUCUACCCCGAGUGUGCGCAGAUCAAGGUUACCGGUUCCGGUACCGCUACUCCUCCGGCCAACCUUCUGGCCUCCAUCCCCGCAUAUGCUGCUCAGUCCGACCCUGGUAUCAUGGUCGACAUCUACCAGGGCGGUGGAACUUCAUACAAGACCCCUGGUCCCGCUGUGUGGACUGGUUAA